AUUAGCACAAAAAAAUAUGGCAUAAUAAGAUUAUUGAAAUAAUGUUUAUGAUUUAUGGAUCAUGAAGAAAAGCAGACCUUGAAGGAUAUGGAGGAUAAUGAACAAAUAAUCAAAUGAUUAAGAAUAUGUAAGAGAAUUUAUAGAAAGAAAUCUGUGCGAAGCUCGACUGCUCAAUGCUGAUGGACAGCUUUAUGGCAAGAACAACUACAGACUACGACUAUCUAAAACUUGAUAAAACUCGGRAAAAAAAUUAAAUAAGAAAAAGUAAACGACAAGAAUAGAAAGCAAUGGAUACCUGGAAAUGUGAUGAGUGUAAUAUGAAGUUCGACUCAAGGCUUCUUUACGAUACCCAUAAGAGAAAAUUUUGUGGAAUGCUUGGUGGACCCCCAGCACCUGGCUCUUCUAGAAUUCCACAAAGAGGGUAUGGAAAGACCAUGGUACAUACUGGCAGGAGGGGUAAAUCUAUCUCACCCAAGGAACUGGUAUUAUCUCUUGGAGAGAAAAGCCCACAAAAUUUUCAUUAUCAUCCAACACGCAUAUCUACAGCAGGCUCUUCUGUUCAUGAUGUUAGCCAAAGAAUGAGUGCAUUAGAACAAGAAAAGGUAGAGGAGCUAAAAGCCUUCAAAGCAAGCAUGUCAUUACAAAGAGCCUACCAACAUUCUAAGAUAAACUCUGGUCCAGGCAGGAAGGUUCCAGACAGUAGGCAAUCAAGGUCAUCCCCAAACUACCAACUUGAUAGAACUUUGUUUGAUGACCAACUAAAACAGCUAGAAGACAACCACCAGGAACAACUAGAUCAACUGAGAGCACAUAAUGAAAGAUUGAAGGAGGAGAAACUUGCCAUUCAAGAAAAAAUGAACUCACUUGGAUUAAAAAGCAGGCACAAGCUGGUGUCACAAGGAAGUGUGGACAAGCAAGAAGCAGAAUUCGAAGGACUUAGAAAAUAUCUUGACUAUAAAUCACAGGAAAUGAGAAAUGAAUAUCAGGCAGAGAUGGACAAGUUGAAAGAUCUUAAAAAGAAAAUCCAUGGACGUUAUUCUCUUUCACCAGAAACACCUCUUUCUACGAAAAGGUCCUCUCCUGCUGAACAACCCAGAGAUACUUUAAAACUAUACAACACCGGAGCUCAGAAUCAUAAUCCAUUAAAUGUGCAACAAGCGAGUCCUAUACCGUUACCACAGUAUGCUGCACUACAAGGAAGUGGACUUCUGGGUGAAAUUAAUGCCAUGGAGAUAUCGUAUCUUCAAGGAGGAGGAAGAGACCCUGAAGUAUUGUCUCAGAUCAAACAGCUUGAGCUUGAAGCAAAAAGUUUGCAGCCAGUUUCUACAGCAGUUCCUGAUCCUUCCUUGCAACAGCAAAUAAUGGCUUACCAUCUGGCAAACCAAAAACUCGAACAGGAAUUACAACUACUAAGGGUAAAAAAAUCCUAAUCUGAACCGUAAAUUUUGGAUUUCAAAUUUCACUUUAGCUUCUACGCCUCUUUUCAUCUGUCUCUUCAGUAGUAUAGGGGAUGGGGGUUCCAGCGCAACGACCACCGGAGGAUUACCCGUCUAAAGUACCCACCUCGA